GGGGUGGGGAGGUCCGGCGAUGGGGCGGCAGGAAAAAGUGGACAACCAUCAGUCCUGGCUCCAAUAAAUCCCAGCUGUGCUCAGCGAGACCACCGCCAUGGUGUGGAGCUGGCUUUCGGAUUUCUUCACCUACGAGACCACCAAGUCCGUGGUGGUCAAGAGCUGGUCGGUGGGCAUCAUCAACAGGAUCGUGCAAGUCCUGAUCAUCGCUUACUUUGUGGGCUGGGUGUUCAUUCACGAGAAAGCCUACCAGGUGUCCGACACCGGAAUUGAGUCGUCCGUCAUGACUAAAGUGAAGGGCUUCGGCUACCAUCAAAAGCGUCUCAUGGAUGUGGCUGACUACGUCUUCCCCCAACAGGGUGCAGCUGUCUUCUGCAUCAUGACCAAACUCAUCAUCACAGAGAAUCAAUUCCAAGGAAAAUGUGCAGAACAUGGGGAGAGGUAUAACUGUAGCACAGACGCCGACUGUGAACAACACGUUGAUUCCAUUCUUACAAACGGGAAGAUUACAGGUGCUUGUCUUCACGGUGAAGGCAGGUCCAAAGGUCAGUGUGAAGUCGAGGGAUGGUGCCCGGUCGAGAACGACAGCAUCGAUAUUGAUCCCAUGAUCGACGUGGAAAACUUCACAAUCUUCAUCAAAAACAGCAUCCGCUUCCCUCUCUUCAACAUCAUCAGAGGAAACUUUCCAUCCAACAUGACAUCUGAAGGGAUAAAGAGAUGUACAUACAACACUGAAACCAACCCCUUCUGCCCCAUCUUUCGAGUGGGCGACAUACUGAAGUACACUGGACAGAAUGUGGCUGGCCUGGCAAAAAAGGGUGGCGAAGUCGGAAUAAACAUUGAGUGGAAGUGUAAUCUAGACCUGGACAUUGAGUACUGUGUCCCCAAAUACGCGUUCACCCGCCUCGAUGCCCCUUUUGCCAAGAAUGCCGUCUCUAAGGGGUUCAAUUUCAGGUUUGCAAAAUAUUUUAAGAUGCAGAACGGCACUGAAUAUCGAACACUGCACAAAGCUUUUGCCAUCCGUUUUGAUGUCAUGGUCACCGGCAAAGCAGGAAAGUUCAACACGAUCCCAACACUAAUCAACUUGGUCGCUGCCUUCACUUCGAUUGGACUCGGUACAGUUCUUUGUGACCUUAUCCUACUGAACUUCCUAAAAGGAGCAGAGCAGUACAAAGCCAAGAAAUUCGAAGAGGUGUCAGAGGCUCAGAUAGAAGCGUCCCUCGCACCGAGCCCCAGCAGCCCGAUGUCCAUCAAAGAAGGGAUGAAGAGCUCCUGCGACUCUGGAGCCCAUUCCCUGGCCGCUGCUGACCAGCCUGUGUGACGCAGCCAGGUCUGGGUUUGGCUCUUCCCUCCAGUGAUGAAACCUUAUCAAGACUGAGGAUCUUGUUGUGGAUUUUGUUCAACAGGCUUGAGUUGUCUCAAGAUGGACUGGGCUUCAGAACGACUUGAUGGAGUAUUUACAGUAUGAUGAGCAAAUCAAGUAGACAUUCAGGAGUGAGUAAGAGCGGUGCCUGUUGAUGAAACUCAGAGAGGAAACGUUCAGGAAUAUUUCAAUAGUUUUUUUUAAUUGUUCACUCACAAGAUACAACCGAAAGAACAAAAACAUCCACAAAACGAAAUUUCACGCAGUGACCAAGCCACCAGUCAAGAUACUCUACAUUAAAUGUAGCUAGCCACAAUCAAAACGUAGCUGAGUAAGAUACUAAAAAUGAAAAAUUCCGCUAAACCACAUGAAAGUCAUUUUGGUUGGAUGGACUUGAUCAAAAAAAAGGUAUGUUUUAAAGAAAUUCAGAUUUUGCUAAAUAGAUAUAGCCACAUGGUGUAUGUUUGGAAAUGCAGUCCUCGCGCGCUUUGUGCUCUCCGGACUGUUGGAAAACUUGGGCAAAUUGUUGCAAUGUGUUGUUUGGUAGCUUAUGCAACUUAUUACUCUGCACGUUUGGACUGGGACAACAGAGUGUCAGGGAGUCAGGAACGAUGACCAUGCAAGGCGGUCAUUUGUAAAGGAUAAAGAAAGACAAGUGCGCUCUGCCUUUCAGAACGUCACUUUCAGUGUACCGUUAGAACGUCAGAUUGAAUUUCUCAAUAUACCCUACCCCAAUCCUCAAAACACGUUGCAGUCUGUUGAUGUUUGCUGAGUUGUGGUGACUAGCCCAACACUGCUCACAAUCUGUAAUGUAAAUAAAUUACAUUUAGACUUAAACCGUAGAUUGACUUGUGAAUUUAAUUCGUUCCGUGAACACACUUGUGGCAAAAAUGACUCAUCUCACAGAUAAACUUUCCCCAUUGAAAUGAAUGUGAAGGCCAUUAAUCGGUUCCACCCCUUCCCCCAAAAUUAUAAAUAAAGAAUAGAAAUGAACAUUUCUUCCAACAGAAAACUCAAAUCAGAUAGUAGUAAGUCAAGGUACAAAUGUAUAUACAUCUUACAGCACAGGUAGGAUUCUUUGAAACGCUGCCACAGAAUUAAAACAGUCGCUACUUUUGUGUAUUUGAAGAAAAAAAGAAAAAAAAAACACCUAAAUAAGCAUUUCAGUGAGAUUGGGUACUUUUCCACCGGUCUUCGUAUUUCAGCACAGUUACACAGCUUUACAGUUUUUGCUCUUUUUGGUUUGAGCUUUGUAUUAAUGAAACUCAGAGGGAAACAUUAAUGAAUAGUUACAGCUGUUAUUUCAUUGCAAGCGGUACUGUUUUACAGGAUUUUUAUUACAGUUAACGGUGAGCCCACUUAAGCUCCAUAAUAUUACAACUCCUCUUGUUUGCUUUGCUUACUUGAUGCAUAAUGAGCAGAAAUGUAUCACACGUACUUGCAAAGAAGUCCUCUUGCAGAC